AUGGCAAAUACUUCUUCGUCCAACGGAUUCUUUAAACCAGCGGAAUGUCCUUAUUUGAAGGAUGUAGCUUGGCGAGAUGAGUUCCUGCUGACAGAAGGUAUCUACAACCAUCUGCUUGCUAUAAUCAGCAUCAAUUCCAUCUCAGUUUUACCAACUGUGUUGUCGAAUGCUCUGGUGAUCUUUGCUGUCGCAACAAGAGGACAGUUGCGAAAUGAAUCGACAAUCCUUCUAGCGUGCCUGGCCGGGGCGGAUCUUUUGACAGGGCUGCUGGGACAGCCGAUACGAAUAGCGACAGAAGUGCAGCGAAUAUUGAAAAAGGGAACAUUCUGUAGCGCUUUGGAAAGAGUGAGCACGUUAUCCUUAAUAUGGCAUAUCUUGGCGACCUUAACUCAUCUUUUGUUAAUAACUACUGAUAGGUACAUUGCCAUUAAAAAACCAUUAAGGUAUCGAGAGAUUGUCACAACACGGCGAGUAACCGUCGCUGUGUUUUCAGCGUGGGCUUUUACGAUAUUUGUGACAAUUCAAGAAAGCAUCCUUGCUGCAGUAAACAGUGACACAAACAUUUACAGUAUUUGUUUGACCAUAUUAACCAUAACUGUUACUACUUUCGCCUCGAUUUCCAUAAUUGCCAUCGUAGGAAUUUAUUUGUACAUUUUCUCGGAAACCCGACGCCAACAACGAACUGUGACUGAACAUUUUAGCGUAGAAGAAAUUACAACAAUUAGGAAAAAUAACAAAGCCAUCAAAGUUCUAGGAAUCAUCCUUAUUACGCUAAUUGUAACAUACCUACCAACAAUAAUUUCUGUUAUGAUGUAUUUUUCUGUUAAUCUAGAAGGACGUGUUUUAAACUGUAUGGCGAGUUGGGUGGCAACGUUCAUAAUGUUAGGUUCCCUGUGCAAUCCCGUUAUUUACUGUUGGCGCAUGGAAAAAUUGCGCCAGGCAUUUUUGGAAAUUUUACAUUUAAGAAAUUCAGAAAACAACCAGCCAAUAGAAGUGGUAGAGAUGCAAGUCAUUCAAUCAGCUCACUAGCAUAAAAAGCAAAACCAAGUGUCGGACUUUUUUGUUCGCCCAAGUCACUUCUUUAAUUGUAUACCGGCGCAGACUAUGAUUAUUCCAUCGGUCAAUCAACAACUCAAUUCAGUGAACUCUGACGCUUUGUAGACGAAGAGUUUUCUUCUAAAUACAACUUUUCGAAAACACAAUCUAGUUCUUAUUAUAAAACUUCAACCUGUUAGUAAGGCUGAGAAGUAAACACAUCUGUUAAGAGACAACCACGUUACAAUUUUUUCCCUAUUCAUCAUUAUUUUACUGUGAAUCUAAGUAACUGUCCGAUCAAUAAAUGAAAAUAAAAUUGCUACUUCGAUCUUCUUCUCCUGGGCGAGUUGUCAAAGAAUGUGCGCUAAUUUAAUCGUCAAUUUUUAAAGCGUAAGGUAGAAAAGACACAAAACGUUAACCGGCGCCCCGUUUGGUUUCUAAAAAUUAUUCUCGGAACCGAAGUAGGGGUAGAAAGAAAAUAGAAGAUCUUUAGUUUAAAGUAGACGAAAAAGUCUUUAUCCUUUGGUUUAGUGGGUCAUGUAUACUAUAGUGACAAAUAUAUAUAUAUAUGAAAUAAUACUUUAACCCAUUCGCCCCUGAACCGCCCGUAACCGCCUGUGCGGAUCCAGGUCCUUUCUACCCUUUGUGACGUCAUCAGUUUUAACGGUCAAGGACCACUUUCUUCACUAACUUGUGCAGAAUGAAGAGAUCUUUCAAACCAUACCAGAAUGAGCACAAUUCAGUCAAGGACACCGGAGAAAGAAGCAAAAAACCACGUGACAUUGACUUGAAAAUCUCCAUGAAAAUCUUGCUCCAUUACCCACCUACCUUUCCUUUCACCUAAUCCUAAGAUCCUAAAAGCUUUCCUAAAAACUCUUCCCACCAAAAUGAAGCCUACUAAAUGCCCAGCAAGAUAAAAAAAAAAUGAGGCAAGAAAAGCGAAAAAAGAAGGGAGGAGAGAAAGCGAAAAGUAAAAGUCAAGACUGCUGUGUCACUUUUGCUUUCUGCGCAUGCCCGAACUUCGCAAGCUGAUAUUUUGCGUCUGGAUCAGAAGGCCGCGAAGUGUACGACCUGUACUCUUUAUAGCACGACAGUGACCAGAAAACCACUCGACUAGCUUCGAAACGCGUUUUUCGGCAAAAUCUCCAGGAGCGAAUGGGUUAAUUUAGCAGUUAAUGGGGGAGUUCUAAUGAAGUACAAUUAAAAGUAAAAGAUACCGCAACGGAGAGAUCCAAAGAGAAGAUUCAUCCUUUACCUGGGUCAAAAAAAAGCAAAAAUCAAAUUGAGUUUAAUUUCCAAAUGUCUGAAUUGUAUUUUUUCAACUCAGGAACAGGUUGUUGAAUGACGAAAGUACCUAAGGAAAUUCAAGUGACAAUGCUCGUUUCGCCCACUUUUUACGCUUUCUGAAAAGGUGAAAAAUAUUCUCCUUUUUGACCAGCUGCCAGGCAGUCUAGAAAAGUGGAAAUAUCAGGGACGGAUCCAGACUCUCAGAUAAAGGGGGGAUCAUCCAGACCCUGAGAUAAGAGGGGGGGAGCGGAGAGCCCGAGCCCCUUGGGCCCCUCCCCUGGAUCCGCCACUGAAUAUUUUGUUCUUUAAUAACAGGGAGCUUAAGCAGCGACGUUUUUGAGCGCCGCACGUCAACCGGAAGUGAGGUAUUUUCCCUCUUAACAUGCCUUGAUGAUAUAAAAUUUGUAUUCCUUAGCUUCUUUACUGUUAUAGAGGCGAUUUGACUGAAAAUUUGCGCGAAACCACCGUCAAAAAAUGAAAAAAGGCCACUUCCGGUUGACGUGCGUCGCUCAAAAACGUUGUUGCUUAAGCUCCCUAUUUCCCUCAAGAUAAAAACGUACCAUCGACAUUAAGACUCAACAAGAGGCAUAAGGACUCACUCUUAAAAUAGCAGACAAAAACAUCAAAAAUUGUAAAAAUCGAAUUGAAUUUUAUAACAAAGGUUGAAUUUUAUUUUGUGAUCUGAAAACGAAUUUUAUAAUGACAUAAGUCGGGUUCUGCGAGAGCAUAUAUCAAAAUUAUUUCAAGCAGUAAUGUUCGUUUUGCACACAUGAUGCCGGGCUGUCUAACGGUGAUGUGACACAAGACGAUUCGCAACGACGACUUUUAGCGUGACAUAGCAUCGCAACUAUAUUGCGAUAUUGUUUGGAAUGGCUGCAACACUGUUCCAACACUACGACGCUGUGAUACGCUCAAAAUCGUUGUUGCCAGUCGUUUUGAUUUUCUAUUGACCACUCGAGCUGACUAGGCUGGGCGGUGGGAGGGAGGGGUGGGGCGCAUCCUGAAAAGGUAGGAGUAAGGAUAAGAGCGAGUCGGUUGUAGUGCGCAGCUCCUCUUUUCAUUAGGUUUCAACUUGACUCCCGCGUGAGACUUUCUAGGCCAGCUGCCUGGCUUCCUGAUAUUUUUUUUUUUUUGUAGAGAUAAUGAACAGUAAAGCCCUUGAGAGGAAGUUGGAAAAUCUGGUCAUGUGGUAGAAGUUGACGUUGGCCGUUUGCAGUCCGCUUUUCUAAGUGUCUCUAAUGUUAGUGCGUCUUAAGUCCCGGUUCAGACGCCGAACUUUUCAUGAGCCGAAUUUAAUACAUCGAAUUAAGUUCAUGAAAAGUUCGGCGUCUGAAUCAAUUAGGAACACCUGUUUCAAUUUGGAACGGCUCAGCCGUUCUUUUCGCCUAGCCCAGCCGCGAAUUUCGCCUUUGGUGCGACUUUGGUAGUGCUUUGAUUCAGACGCCGAACUUUUCAUGUACCGAACCAUAUGCAUAAAUUAUUAUAACCUAUUUUAUAAGCAGUUUGACCGAAAUGAGCAUUUUUCGCCUUUUGAACUUAGUUCAUCUGUAAUUAAGAACGGCGUCUGAAUCAAUUCAUCCGGUCUGAAUUUGGGUCCGCCUUCAUUCGAAUUAUUAAGUUCGGCUCAUGAAAAGUUCGGCGUCUGAACGGGGCCUAACAUGACCUUCGAGAUAGUGAAACAAACUACCUCUUCUUCCUUUUGGCAAAAAGUCCGAACAAGGGGCUGAUACAGUAAACUUGGAGUGUAUAUUUUGUACAAUUUCACCAUGCAGGUCAAGGCUUAACGAAACAAAACUAGCAAAAAAAAUGGCAAUUUAAUUUGCCGACGCCGUACAAACCCACGGUAUAAGGUGAGAUACAUUUCCGUGAAUUUUUGAAAAUGGGGAUAGAUCUGCAUCUGUUUCGUCUUUAGAAAGCGUCAUUUCCUAUGAGCUGUUGGCACUUCGAUCAAAGAAAAUUGCACUUUUUAAUUAGGAGACAACUAAGCGUUGCUUAGCAAAAUAAGGUGCACUCUUCUUGGAGACGGAAGGAAUUACACAUCGAACUUAAAACAAACACCUUUUUACUAAAAAUAACCAUUCAUUAGCUUAUAAUAAGCAGUCUUUAAUGAAUUAAUCUCUCUGACUGAUUAAACAAUAAAUAACGCUAAAAAACAUUCGUUAGAUGAUACUCAGCCUUCUGGACGCGCUAGCAGCUUAGUGGCCCUUUCAAAAAUGGAAAUUAUUUAAGUACGUAACCAACCAAUGAAAUUUAAGCCUUCUUUUGUAGUACUGAAGAGGAAGCAUUUUGAAAUGAAAAGGAUGGAAAAUAGUGAUUCAAAACUGGCUUGAGUUUGUCUGCGUCGCGUCUUUUCCUGAGUCUCUGUACCAAGCACCACUACAUAACAUGGCGAAUAAUUCUACGUCCAACGGAUUUUAUGAAUCAGAGGAAUGUCCUUAUUUGGAAGAAGUGGCAUGGCGAGAUGAGUUCCUGCUGACAGAAGGUAUCUACAACCAUCUGGUUGCUAUAGUCAGCAUUAAUUCCAUCUCAGUUUUACGAACUGUGUUGUUGAAUGCUCUGGUGAUCUUUGCUGUGGCAACAAGAGGGCAGUUGCGAAAUAAAGCGACAAUCCUUCUGGCGUGCCUGGCCGAGGCGGAUCUUUUAACAGGGCUGCUUGGACAGCCGAUACGAAUAGCAGUAGAAGUGCAGCGACUACGGAAAACUGGCAUAUUUUGUGGAGCUUUGGAAAGAGUAAGCAUGUUAUCCUUAGGUUGGCAUAUCUUCGCGACCUUGUCUCAUCUUCUACUAAUAACUGUUGAUAGGUACAUUGCUAUUAAAAAACCGUUAAGGUAUCGAGAGAUUGUCACAACAAGACGGGUAACAGUCGCUGUGCUUUUAGCGUGGGCUUCAACGAUAUUUGUGGCAAUUCAAGAUAGCAUCCUUGCUGCAAUAAACAGUGACACAAACAUUUAUAGUGUUUAUUGGAACCUAACGGUCGUAACGCUCAACAUUUUAGGUUUGAUUUCUAUAAUUGUUAUUGUAGCAAUUUACUCGUACAUUUUCUUGGACGUCCGGCGCCAACAAAGAGCUCAGACUGAGCAUUUAAGCGUAGAAGAAAUUGCAACAAUCAGAAGA